AUGAGUAGGAACACCACGUACCGUCUCAUGUCGCAGACCAAUGUAGACCCCAAGGACAUACCAUUCAUGCCGGGCACUGCAUUUCCAGAUCCUCACCGCACAAAUUUCCCCGUGUCUCAUUCUCUUGACAUGGACCAUAGGAUCAAGACUCACGACGACGAGAAGGCUCUUGCCGCACCAACAGGUCUAACGUCGGCAUACACAGCUACUCUUGCUCCUAUUGAUUACGAUGAGCGACGGGCUCUCCGCACAACUUGGACGAUGCGUCAACCCGCGGACUAUCUUCAGUGGGGAGAGGGUCACACAAAGUCGAUGACUGUUCGGGGUGAGUUUCUUCGCACAACUCGAGGGGCAAUUGGAUGCAGGACUAACUCAUUAAAUGCACUGAUGGCAUCGGGAGUACGACCGGAUGCGACUCUUCUUCCGCGCACCCAUGAAGAGGAGCGCCAGUUUGCUAGAAGCAUACCAAAGUUCAAGCCUGAGCACGCUGUCCUCGACAGAGUGGUAAUGCGCUUUUUCGCCUGGUUUAUGGAAGAUGUCUUUGAGUCCCAGUCCGAAAAGCGUCGUAUCAGACACGUCUUUAUUGACUACUACCUUGCGGACCGGACAAUCCAGAUUCAGGAACGCCCAGUCAAGAACUCUGGUAUUCCACAGGGAGACCUUGUUAAACGCCACCGCAUUCCCCGUGAUCACCGCGACGCAUCUGCCGGAUUUCUUAGCCUCGAGGAUCUUCGUGUGGGUGACGCAGUCUGCAUCUAUUCAAAGGUGUUUUACAUCUAUGGAUGCAACGACUCCACGCGUCAGUUCCUGGAGUGCCAAGCCGCUCCGGGAGAAGUGAUUCCACCGAACCUCCCCCCAGAAAGCAUUCCUCAGGAUCCUUAUCUUGCAGAGCGUCAAGCCACUGAGAUAGCGGUCAUGCGCAAGACGCAUGUCACACAGCACGUCCCCGAAGAGAAGCUGGCCAAGUUUCUGCGUCAUGAUCGUGAGGUGCUUCGCUUCUAUGCUAUUUGGGACAAUAGGCACUUGGUCUACGGUGAGCUUCGCCAACUCAUAAUUCAUUUCUUCCUGGCAGAUGAUACCGUAGAGGUUUUGGAAGUCUUGCCACAGAAUUCUGGCCGUGAUCCAUUCCCAGCCUUUCUUCGCAGGCAAAAGGUUCCGAAGCAGCACACGAUGACGCAGUUCGCCGAGCAUUCCCUCGUCACCAACGAGUUCUUCGGGGCCAGGGACUUCCGGAUUGGGUCAGUGGUCUCAAUCUACGGACGUCCUGUAUAUAUUUAUGACUGCGACAAUUACACCCGCGAAUACAUGGUCAGGGAACUGGGUUAUCCGCCUCAGGCCGUUCAGCCCAUUAAUAAGCAAGAGCUCAUAGGCACUCCCGCGCAGCAGAUGUCACUUACACAGCCUGCUAAUCUCAUGGGUAAAACACGAGCAGACAUGUCUGCGCUCUUCCCAGCUGAUAUCCACCAUAUCGGGGCUGAUGUGGAUACCGUCGGCAGCUGCAUCUCCAUCCAUCCGGAUGCCCCACGCACGGACGUUCUUCGGUGGAUCAAGUUUGGCAAUCUUUGCCUGAGGUUCCUUGCCAAGUUUGCCCCCUGUGAUUGUAACAAACCCGUCCACAUCACUCAGGCUGACAGGCAGUUUGUUAUUUCUUAUUUCUUUAGCGACGGCACUGUUUCUGUUUUUGAGCCGACUGAGACCACAACUCCUGGUUUUGGGUACAAGUUCCUGGAGCGCUCCCGGAUCGUGAACGAAGCCGCCACCGAGGCCCAAGACCUCGCAGGCACCGGGCUCCAAAGCAAAAAGAAGAUCUACAUAGACUUUACUGAUCUUGAUGUAGGAAAAGUGGUGGUUCUUAACGCACAUUGCUUUGAAAUUGUAGAGGCAGAUGAGCGAACAAAGCGUAUCGUGGAGGCAUUGCGACAAGUGGACAACGACCUGAACAGAUUUGAUCCCAAGCCUUUCUUUGACUAA